CGUGCGUUGUCUUACCAACUCGACAACCUCCAAACGUUAACAAAACAAAGCUCCUCUUAACUUACUCAAUCGCUGACAUUCUUUGGGUUUUACCACCAUCUUCCGUCCAAGAUAAAGCACCUACCUAUACUUACAAUAACUAAGGCUUACUUACCACUACCACCACCACCAACUUUUUUCCCCCAAAAAUGGCGCGACUAGCCCAGGCGCCCAUCACCCCGAAGCGAACUAUCUCCAACCCGGACCCCCUGCCGGACCUGAACCGCCUCCUCGACCGCCUGCAGGCGAACAUCCUCCGCGCCGACGCCGAGCGCGAGCACCGGCUGCGGACGAGCGAAUACGAGCGUGCCAAAGCCAGAGUCAACAUCGACUACGCCCGGUCCCUGCUGACCAAGCUAGAGCACGACGCGCUCGCGAUCAAGGUGCACACGCGGCGCCAGGACGCGCAGAACGACCUGAACGGCAAGCGGGAGGUCCUGGAGCAGAUCGCGGAGAGGUUCCGCGAGAUGGAGGACGGCGCCGCGGAUAGCGACGGGGAUAGUUCCGAGGGGGCCGAGGAGGACCUGCUCGCCGACAUCAUCAAUACGCCUAGCGAGAGCGUAGAGUCGGCUUCGGCGGCGGGCCGGCGGGGAGAUGAUGAUGAUGAUGAUGACAGUUAUGUCGAGGAUGUAGGACAGCAGGACGACAACGCGGAGGUGGAGAGGGAGGAGGAGGAGUCUUUCCUUUCGGAGUCGCGAAUUACGGAUCAUCGUAUACAACCAUCCAGCGCACCACAAACGCACCAAGCAACACCGACAGCGACGGCCCCCGGAACCAGCACAUCGCAGACGCUACGGCCUCGCGGCAGCGCUCCCCAGCAAGCCCCCGCCUCAUCCGACACCGCCACAGCAACGACCACGAGCGCGCUGCGCACGCAGCUCUUCGGCACGCGUCCGGAAGCGUCCGCCACCACCACAGCCGCCACCAUCACCUCAGAAGCGAUCCUGGACCUCCACCGCGCGGAGCAGGAGCACCUAACGGCGUCGAUGGUCAGCAUGGCGCGCGCGCUGAAGCAGUCGACGCACCGGUUCGCGGCGUCGCUGCGCGAGGACGAGGACGUGGUGCGCGCGGCGGGCGCUAACCUCGCGCGCAACGAGCGCGGGCUGGGCGCCGUCGCCGGCCGCAUGGGCGCGCUGCGGCGCGUGACCGAGGGCAAGGGGUGGUGGGGAAGGGUCCUGCUGUACGCGUGGAUCGCGGGGCUCGCGGUGUUCGCGGUGCUGCUUGUUUUCGCGUUUCCGAAGCUGAGGUUUUAAAGGUUUUUUUUUUAAUUUAUUUAUUUAUUCUUAAAGAGGUUGGAAGCGUGUAAAGGAUGAAGGAUGAGAGAGAGAAAUAAAAGAUGAUAAUCACUUCAAAAGGGGG